AUGAACCAUAUUGACUGCUCUUUGACUGAAUUUCACGUUGCAGCAAACAUCUCGAGGUAUACGAUAUCUAACUUUGUAAUGAAGGGUCUCUUGGUUACAAUUGCUGCCGUGGCAGCUUUUGCUUGGCUUUUUAACUGCGCCUACUGCGCACCCAUACCUACUUCGGGUGGAAACGUACUUGACGGGACUCCGGAGGAGAAAAAAUUGGUGAGUGAUAUUGAGUUUCACUGAGUGAUACUUCAAGAUUUUUGUACUGCUACCAACAACGUGCUUCUGACCUCGAACCGGGAUGGUUUAGCCUCGUUGCCACGGCCUUGUAUUCAGUUAGUGAGCUAUCUAAAGAUCUCUUGUAGAGACGUUAGAAUACGCAUUAACUCUAUGGUUCUGCAUACGUUCCCCGAACGGUUCGGUCAAACGACAUGACGGUUGUGUCAGUAACCCGAAACAAGUGACUAUGAUAAUUACAAUCUAUUAUCUCUUGUUUGACACCACAUGCUUUAAAGCAAAAGACAGUUGAUCUUAUUUAUAGGCCUGAAAAGUUUUAAGAUUCAGGAAACGAUUCUCUGGAAUUGAAAUGAAAGAAAUUUUCCAGUGGCUUUCUCCUUCCAUAUGCAAGAUGUGACAUGAUGUUAUCUCAUUAACCCUUUAACUUCCAGAUCAAAUUUGUCAUUCUCCUUACUGUCAACCAUACAAUUCUUAUAAUGUUAGGUCAGAGAAUUUAGUAUUGGAUCAACAAAUUAUCCCCAAAUUGACAUUUUUCUUCAUUCUCAUCACUUGUCUGGUUGAUACUGUAUUGAUAUUGUAGGGAGAAAUUCUGUCUUGGUCACUCUUGGGAGUUAAAGCCGUUAACCAAUAAACGUUUUGCAGCCGUCAUGGAGUAGAUCGUGCAUGAUCUAUUGAUCCAAGCAGGUAAACUGCAAUUUAAAGGUUUAUCCAACUCAAUUUUCUCUUGCAGGCUGUUCGUUUUCUGAAAGGCUAUGAAUACCUGAAUACAGAGACGAGACCUAACGACUCUUCAGCGUAUCAUGAUGUCCUCUCUGAAGCAAUAAGAAAUGUUCAAAGGAUGGGCGACCUUCCUGUCACCGGACAACUCAACGCAGAGACGAUAAAACUGAUGAAUACAUCCAGAUGUGGCACUAAGGAUCCCAUUAAAAAGCUCAACAAAACUGGAGAUGGUCAGAAAGAAAUUGGAAGGUACUAUAUUCAAGGCACCAGAUGGAACAAGAAGGUAUAUUGUUUAUUUUGGUCAGAAUGGUUAGGGAUCCUUUCCUUUUAUCUCAUGGAUCGGAGACUACAAGAUUGUUCUUUUUUGGCGAGAUUGCAAAAUCAGAAAUAGCUAAAGUAACACUUUACUCACCUGAGAGAAGCAAUGAUGGCUUUUUUCAAGAGGUUUACUUCAGUCGAGGAAGUGUGAAAUAAAAGAAAGAGUCUGUUGGUCAUUUACCAAUAUUCGGGACAAUGGAAGUCAAUUCUCCUUAGUGAUCAGUUUUUUUUUCUGUUGUUGUAGCAAAAGCAAUUCAGAUCGAGGAUCGAAAGAACUGAACCCAAACUACAAACCUAAUCAGAUGCAAAACCAAAACCGAUCACCACUUGGGCACCCACGUUUUUUCGCGGUUUUGCAAGUUCACUUAUUUUUACUUGGUGCAGUGCGCUCAUUGGCACCUUGCGUUAUUUUCCUCUGAUCUGAUUGACCGUUGUGGAUCAAAGUAAAGCAUUGAUAAACCAAGAGUGACCUCGCAUUUUCUAAUUCUAUUACAGCAUUUGACGUACCGCUUUACCAGGUGGCGUACACAUGAUCUUCCUCUAGACACCCAAAGAAAUAUUAUUCGGACAAUGAUCCAAAAAUGGGCUGCCGUGAGCUCGUUGACCAUCACUGAGGCAGACCCUGCAGUUGAUGACAAAGACGUUGACAUCUUGAUUAGCUUUGUUAGACGUUAUCAUGGCGACCCUUAUCCAUUCGACGGUCAAGGAGGAACGCUCGCUCAUGCUUAUUAUCCACACAAUAAUAAAGGUUGGUUUCUAUGGAAACAAAAACAAAGAUAACAGUUUCUGGCAAUGAUGAAUAGUAAAAGUCUCAAACGGAACAAAAAUAAAACAAAUUAUCCACAAUUGAGCGCAAAAUCAUUCUUGUUUUGUUUUGUUUUUUUUCUCUUUUUAAAAUAUAUUUGACAGCUACAUAUAGAUUAAACCAAUCUUUAUUUAUGAAGCUUUCUUAGGGUUAUCAUUUUUACAGUUCCAAUUGCUUUCAUCAUCAAAUUCAUCAUCAUGACCACUUUUAUUGUCAUUGUUGUUAUUAUUGCAAUUCUUGUGUUAAGAUAACCUUGUUUUGUAAUCGCGAUUAUUAUCAUUUGAUUUAACUUAGAUGAUUACUCUUUCUAGGUUUGUCCGGUGAUGCUCAUUUUGAUGACGAUGAGAGGUACACCACAGGAGAACCAAGCGGCAUUAACCUGGACUGGGUGGCGCUUCACGAGUUUGGACAUAGUUUGGGUCUGGAGCAUUCCAAUGUGCGUGAAGCCGUUAUGUACCCGUGGUACAAGGGGUAUUUCCCAAACAUCGAGCUUACUGAGGAUGACAUCCUGGGAAUACAGCAGAUUUACGGAAGUAAGUAGUUUUAUAUUUUCGUUACCUCCUACAGUUUUCAUUUUUGAACGGAUGAAUUCGGGAAGCGAAUCGGUUUUGAUCGCAUUCAGAGGAGUUAUUCCGCAUGAAGAAGAAGAAGAUGAAGAAGUGGUAAAUUGAAGGAAAGAUUUAAUCCGCGUAAAAUAAAAUUUCUAAUAAGGGUAUUGUGAAAAGAAGAAGCUCAAAAAAGGGGAAGACUCCCAACCAAUGGUUGCUUAUUUGAGCCUCGCUUUACAAGUGUGCGAUGAUUUUCGCAUGCGAAUGGCUCAACCCUAUGUUUACGCUCUCCGUGUCCUCGCGUUCAAGACAUGUUUGCUAUCAAUUGAAAACUAUGAAACCCCAUCGUAGGGAUGAAAAGUUAAAUACCCUUUGAAGCAGUCUCAAAUAAACUGACUGCACAUUUACUUCUCUGUCUCAAUAGAACCAUCCACGCCUUCAACCACUGUCAAGCCCACAAGUAAAAAAACUCAAUCUCCUACAUCAAGUGAUCCGAAUACACCAUCAACCAAACCAACGCCAUCACCAACCCCAUCACCAACCCCAACUGAUCCCGACACAUCCGAGCCCGAUGUGUGCUUGGUAACCAAGUAUGAUGCUGUUGCGGUCGAAGAAAACCACCGGGGCGAUAGAUUGACGCAUUUUUUUAAUGGAAACUACUUCUGGACGCAUACCGGAACACGUUUGGUUAAGCCAGCUAAAGCCCAGAAAGUUAGAGACGUCUGGCCUGAAGUAGAGACCCCAGUAGACGCCGUUUAUCAGGAUAAAUUAAAGAAAACCCUCGUUUUCUUUAAAGGAAACAAGUGAGUUUUAUUUAAUGGUUGAUAUGUUUACGAUAUCAUGUUUGAUAUGGUAGAUAUUCUCCUCUGUUAACAUUUUGACCAAAGGAAUUAUCAGAACACGAAGACCAGUAGCAAUAAAGAAAAUUACUGGUAUCGGUUUUGAAGCCUAGUGUUCCGAAAAUGAGAUUGAAGAGGUCAAGAAAACUCCGUCAAUUAAUCUGUGCAGAAAAUUAAUUUGGUCAUAGGCUGCAUAGCAGGCGUAAUUUUGGCGGGCGAGCGCUCAGUAUUAUCUUGGUGAUGUAUUUCAACUUCAACCGUGAUGACAUGGCGUGAAUUUUCCAUUUUAUUUUUUUUAUAAGUAAUGUUUUGUUUGUUCUCUUGUAGAUUUUGGGAAUACAACAAGAAUAGACAGCUGCAGUCGUUUGGUGAUCUUAACCAAUAUUUUAAUUCCAAAGAAGCCGAAAACAUGGACGCAAUGUUCGUUUGGCAAAGAAAUAGGAGAACAUACGUAUUCAAGGGCUCAAAAUACUGGAGAUACAGUAAAGGUGCAAAGAAGUUCGACUCAGGAUAUCCACGAAAUAUCAAACAAGCCUGGGAUGAAAAUUUCCCCAGUGACAUCAGUGCUGCAGUUUCUUGGCUAAAUGAUAAGAGUUACAUCUUUAAAGGAGACCUAUAUUGGAGGCUGAAGAAAGAUACAACGAAAAUUGAUGUUGGAUACCCGAAACGAAUUGCUGAACAGUGGAUGAAAUGUAAUACAAAUGUCGGAGGCAUAAUCAUUGGUUCUGCCAACGAACAGCCUUGAUUUGAAUUGAGCACUCCCUCGCAAACGCUAACACUAAAGAACACUGAAUCAGGAAGAAAAAAACUUUGCUAUACUAUAACGUCAGUGAACUGUUAUUUAGAGAAUUCCUUCAAAUAUUAAAUUGGUUCAAUUUGUAUAUAUCAAGGUUUUCUUUGUAAUGAACAAUGACAUAGGAUAAACUGUCCUUCUAUGAAUAGAAACCAGAACUUAUGCUAAAUCGUAUUAUUUGACAAAAUUUUUAACCAAAACAGUUGACAAUACUUUAUUCAGCGAAAAAAAUCAGAUCACAGGAAUUUUUAUUUAUUUUUGUAUCAUUUGUAUUAACUGUGUAAAACAUUCCAAUAGGAACGUAUUUCAAAUAAAAUUAUUGGUAUUGACAGGAGCCCAUUACUUAAGUGAUGGGCACCUGACAUUGAAUAUUUCAAAUUUUACUUUUGACUUGCGUUGUUGGAGUGUAAAAAAUGAAAGAACAGAUCACGUAACUGGCCAUUUGCUUUUGUAUCUCGACCUCAAAAACAAAACGAACUCAUGAGAUAGAAGUUGGACGUUAAGGGGAAGCGAAAUCAAAAGAACUUGGCAUCAUUCUCCCUCAAGGCUCGGAGAAGCUUUGCCCUGAAUUCGAAACCCUUAACCUGCCGCUUUUUGACCGAAAGGGUACUCGAUCAUCUCAUACUCCUCACUUGAAAUGCACCAUUAAUGUUUUUCAAACUUGUCAUUCAGAGUCAUCGUUCUUAAGAGGCUGUCUCUCUUAUUUCCACCCGGUCAAUUUUGCGUCAAAAAUAAUUUUGCCUGAAACUCUGUUAACAGAAAGACUUUACCUAGGAAAGAACUUUUCUGACUGCAUUACGGGCCAUAAUUAUUUCCCAGUCCGUAGGGACCGUCGCAACGUCUCGAAAAUUGAAAAAUAGGCAUAUUUUGUAACGUUGUAAAAUAUUUGAUUCGCAUAGUUAAGCCAAAGAAUUUAUAUCAGAUUGCUUAAAAACCUUUCUAGUUUGCCAAGAAAGUUAGAAUUUGCCCUCUCAACAUAUUUGAAAAGGCGAAUUUUAGCAUAUUCUGACCACUAGAAAUCGCCAUCAGCCGAUGGCCGUAAAUAACCUUGAUUUAGACGCCAAGUUUUGGGUUUUGGGACCUGGUUGACGAUUCUAUCCUACACAGCCGUUAAGUUUAGACCUUUAUAGGCACAAAUAUGCAAAAACCCCUGUACGUUUUCGAUUUUUCAAAAGUUAUGACCGUUUGAAUCAGCACAUGUACGAGCAUUCGCGAUUUUUUCGCCUACACCAAAAUCGAACCACUGUAGCAGAUUUCGUCAUAAAUACAGCUUACCCGCUUUGCAGCCCGGCUUCAUGGCUCACUUCAGAAUUUUUCUAAUAACCAAAUUGGUGAAAUCCAUGAUAACUUCAACAAAUAGCUAGGUAUUGCCUUCGAAAAGUAGGCGGCAUCCAUCGUGAUUCGUGGUAUCAAAACAAAUGUCGGAAUUGGCCACAUUUCGCGGUGAAUCACCCAUUUAACAUCGCUGCAGAGCUGAAUUUUUUCCAAAAUCAGAAUAUAAACUCUACAUGUCUGGAAGCUGAGGGAGAAAUGAAGGUUUUAGGCUUCUGAAGUGAAGAAAUAAUCGCUUAAAUUUAGAUCCAGUUCGAUGUUAUACUGUUCUCACAAAGGUCCGCAUAAAAGAGAAGACCGCUGAUAGCUUGUGCCGUACGUUGUGCCAUAUGGUUUUGUUUUGCAUCCCAAUGUAAGUAAUAUUUGGGCAGAAAAAUUUUGGAUGAAAAGAAUAAAUGCUUUUACCUGGAGUUUGAUAUCAUAUAAUUAAUAAAUCAAUUUCAAAUAUCCUGAGCUUGCUUCUCUCGGUUCCGCGUCGAUUGUGUACACAGAACAGCAACCUGAGAAACAACCGGAGAAAUCAUGGGUUUAUGUGAAAUUUCAGAUAUUCCUCGCUUCCCAAACUGGUGAACUGGACUUUAUGAUAACUCCAGCAAAUACCUCCAAAAUUCAGCGGUCGGCAUCUGUCGAUACUCUUCUUUGACUCGUUUUUGCGAACUAAACUCGAAAACUAAAGCCAUGUUUCGCGCUUAAUGUUCCGUUGAAACUUUGGAUUGCAGCUGCAUUCUCUUCAAGAAUCAGUCAUAGAACUCCACUUGUAAGUCUAUGUGUCGAAGUUUGGCGUUUUGGAAUUUAAAGCUGAACGAUUGCACUAUCGCGCAUAACAGAGGUCCGCAUUAAUCAUUGCAGGUGAAGCCGCUAACCCUUUAAUUUUUUUGGAAGGCCUGCAAGUGUAGUAUGGCAUGCAAAUGCUUUUUCGAAACCAGAGAGGCUUCAGUCUGUAGUGAGUCUUCAGCGAGGUUGUUAAAGCUUUCAUUGGACAGAGGAUACGCAUUGACGAAACACCCAGUGAAGGGAACAACAGCUGCAGUAAGAAUAGUAGACGAAUCAAAGAACACUCUCUGUAUAAAUAAGAUUGAGCAUUUUAGUAGCUUCCACAACUUCGAAUAUGGAGAUAUCGGUCUGAGAGUUUGGAAAUGUUAUGGCAUUGGUAAAGGGAAGUACAUUCCAUAUGACGUAAUUUAUAUCAAGCACCAAGGUCAAACGUCCCUUCAAACCAUAGAAUCUCAAGGGUUUUAUGAUUCUCCUGAAAAGCGUGUGGUCAAGCGUCGUUCAAAGGGCAGCAAGGAAACAGAGAGUACAACGCCAUUGUUUGAAUGCUCUGUGUUUGGAUGUGUUGAAGUGUUCGAAACCUUUUCGCAACUGGAGCUGCACCUGGACGUUGGAAAGCAUACAGUCAGCAGGUUAAAGCCAGUAUGAUGCAAGGGACUGGGCCCUUAAGUUCUCGUCGAUAGAUACCGCUGGUAUCGAGUGUUCGAGCUGUUCGUUAGAUUCUAGUACACCACUCACUGCUCCCGUGGAUACUUCGCCCCACUUGUCUUUACGAACAGGAUGGGCCGUAAGCAAACCAAGGGGCAGCGUUAGAUUUUCAGAGAAGGUAAAAGAAUACCUAACGGCACGGUUUACACUUGGAGAAAGAACUGGGCGAAAGGCCGACCCCGCCCAAAUUGCAGUGGACAUGCGAAAUGCGGAAAAUGAAUCAAAUGCACGUUUGUUCACUAGAGAACAGUGGCUGACAAAGAGCCAAGUUCAGAGCUUUUUCUUCCGGCUAGCAGCAACGCGGCGAAAAGAUCAGGGUGUGAUCGGGAUAUCACUGGAUGAGGAGGAAGAUAUCCAAUGCGUCCAGGAAAAUUCCGAGAGAUAAGAUCUGGUAGACAAAGUUAACAAAGAGAUCAAAUUCUCACAUCCAAUCUGCUACGAUACGUAGGACCUCUGUGAACGUUACCACAAUAACACACUUCACAAAUUCAAUGUGGUUUUGUUGAGAGCCAUCUGUAAAAUUGAGAGACAAAAAACAGAUCCUCAUAGACAAACUGUCGGACGUGAUUAGUGAUUGUCAGUGUGUUUCUCAGUAGACUUAUGUAAACAAUGUCUUAUACAGUGGCUGAAAGUGUAGAAUAUUCUUUACAGAUACAAACUACCUUUACUUCCGAUAUCAAGUUCUGACGGCGUUGUUAUAGUGUAAUAUAUUAUAAUAUCUAGUAGUCAGUGAAAUGUUUUGAUGAAAUCGAUUGAAAAUUUACCAAAAGCAACACUUAUAACAUCUGUUCAUACGAAGCAUGUGUCAGGUUUUUAACACGUUGGUAGCAGAUUUCUCCGGCUAUUGACAGGUUGCUGUUCUGUGAACACAAUCGACGCGGUACCGAGAGAAGCGAGCUCAGGAUAUUUGAAAUUGAUUUAUUAAUUAUAUGAUAUCAAACUCCAGGUAAAAGCAUUUAUUCUUUUCAUCCAAAAUUUUUCUGCCCAAAUAUUACAUUGGGAUGCAAAACAAAACCAUAUGGCACAACGUACGGCACAAGCUAUCAGCGGUCUUCUCUUUUGUGCGGACCUUUGUGAGAACAGUAUAACAUCGAACUUGAUCUAAAUUUAAGCGAUUAUUUCUUCACUUCAGAAGCCUAAAACCUUCAUUUCUCCCUCAGCUUCCAGACAUGGAGAGUUUAUAUUCUAAUUUUGGAAAAAAUUCAGCUCUGCAGCGAUGUUAAAUGGGUGAUUCACCGCGAAAUGUGGCCAAUUCCGACAUUUGUUUUGAUACCACGAAUCACGAUGGAUAGCUAUUUGUUGAAGUUAUCAUGGAUUUCACCAAUUUGGUUAUUAGAAAAAUUUUGAAGUGAGCCAUGAAGCCGGGCUGCAAAGCGGAUAAGCUGUAUUUAUGACGAAAUCUGCUACAGUGGUUCGAUUUUGGUGUAGGCGAAAAAAUCGCGAAUGCUCGUACAUGUGCUGAUUCAAACGGUCAUAACUUUUGAAAAAUCGAAAACAUACAGGGGUUUUUGCAUAUUUUUGCCUAUAAAGGUCUAAACUUAACGGCUGCGUAGGCUAGAAUCGUCAACCAGGUCCCAAAUCCCAAAACUUGGCGUCUAAAUCAAGGUUAUUUACGGCCAUCGGCUGAUGGCGAUUUCUAGUGGUCAGAAUAUGCUAAAAUUCGCCUUUUCAAAUAUGUUGAGAGGGCAAAUUCUAACUUUCUUGGCAAACUAGAAAGGUUUUUAAGCAAUCUGAUAUAAAUUCUGUGGCUUAACUACGCGAAUCAAAUAUUUUACAACGUUACAAAAUAUGCCUAUUUUUCAAUUUUCGAGACGUUGCGACGGUCCCUACGGACUGGGAAAUAAUUAUGGCCUGUAAUGCAAUCAGAAAAUUAUUUCGAAUCAAACCAAAUCUAAUUUAGUUCUUUCCUAAGUAAAGUCUUUCUGUUAACAGAGUUUCAGGCAAAAUUAUUUUUGACGCAAAAUUGACCGGGUGGAAAUAAGAGAGACAGCCUCUUAAGCCCCUCGAGCUCACGGCCUCUCCGCCAAUCACUUUGCGCGAACGGAGUCAAGGCCGCACACUCCGAUUUCGACCAUUGUCCACACGGAGGUGGUUUGCGCGCCGAAAAUCGUCCCAAUCGGCAUUUUUCUCAGCAUUUUUCUCAGCCAUAUCGCCUGGUGUCUCUGUGGGGAUGGGGUAAGUAUGGCACAUUGAUCGCCCCUACUACUGACGGUAGAGAGAAAAUUGACCUCGUACCCAAGUUUUUCCCGCGGCCGUGUCCAGUUUGCUUGUUCAAAGCAUAACCAGAAAGAAGCGAGCUUGGAAAUUCAGGAAGAAAACGCUCGUUUCCAGCGAAAUGCGCGGGGAGUUUUGGUAUUGAGACAUGUCCCAGGGUGCAAUGAUCUUGGAUCGUAAAAUAUGGCUGAGAAAAUGCCGAUCGGGAGGAUUUUCGGUGCGCAAAUCACCUCCGCGUGGACAACGGUCGAAAUCGGAGUGUGCAGCCGCGACUUCUUCUAUUGGCGGGAAUAACGGUGAUGGUAAAGCAAGCCUAAAACGGAAGAAAUCGCCAGAAACUACAACGGAAACACAUGAUGUUGGUAGGUGUUAUUGAUUCUACGUGUAAAAUAUUCAUAUUUCGAAACAAUUAUCGUUGUAAGUCGAUCAUAUUCCGUUCCCCAUACUAUUCCUUAAAACUUGUUCAAAUUUUCAACGGUUCCUCUCGUAACUUAACACCGAGUCACAUAACGCGUGACGCGUUCAUGAAUUAAUCGUUGGCUUUUUCUCGAGACGUGAGCUUGGGCCACCUGCGCUUGCUGAGCAGUUUCAUUUUUCAUCAUAUUUUCAAUCAAAGCAAUGUUUUCGUCAAGUGAUGACAGGGUCAUCCCCAGAAAUCAAUCCAUACUCAACGGGCUGCCAAUUUCAUUUACGUCACCACUGGCUUAUGCUUUUUAAACAACCAGACACAGAUUAUAUUUCACAGAAUAGUAUAGUUUGCUGUUUCGAACCAUUUCAACAGACUCAUCUCCUCUGUAAACUUCAACAUAUCUUCUGAAGCUGGUGCCAACAUGCGAAGUCAACGUUCAAGACAGUUGUUGAUGUUAAUAGCUUACUUUGUGAGUAUUGUAUACAGUGUUCCUGUAGUGAACAGGAAGGACUUGAAGAAGGUAAGAAAGAAGAGGCCUCAUUCGUCUUUUGUCCGCACAACGAACUCAAGGGUAUCCUUGGAACAAACUCGAUGCCUAUUUCUUGUCUUGAUUUUUGUGUUUAAUUGAGAUUAUGUAAAGAAGAACCUGAGAACAUUAGCUUACGAGUGGAGCGACAUGAGAUUUCGAGACAGGGAAAAGGGGGGAGGGGGGGAGGGAGGAGAAAGGAAGGUGCUUUGCGGGCAGGUAGGUGCACGCUCUGGUCUCCAAAUUUGGACUUGAUUUUGUAUAAUAAAUUGGCAUGUAAAUUUGAAAUGUUCGUUCCUAUAAUAGAUGCACAUCGAUAAUCCGGUUUGUCAGAGGGCUUGUUCUGUCAUUUUUCGAUAUGAGUUGAAUCCACAUUCAUGAAUGUCCCUUGAUUUUGAACUUAUCAUCCUGUAAUAGAUAAACUGUUGAGAUGCUUGGCUUGUCAAACAGUUUCUAAACAGUUAAAAUUUACCAGAGAUCAGGCUUUCCGUCAAUUUAUUGGAAGCGAAAAAAUAAAACUCCAUACUAAAAGGAGACGAAUACUCAGUUCCAGCAAAAGCUUAUUUUGUCAUUUUAGAUCGAGGAAGAUGCCAGCUGAAGGUGCGCCUCAUCAGAUAAUGACAAUGAAUUAAUUAGUCAAUCGCCGUCAGUGUGUUGACGUUCAUAUUUGCAUCUGUGGCAUCAAUUACAUCACAUCUGUCAUUACGCUUGCGUCGCUGCGGCAAGAUUAUAAUUUUCUGAUGAUUUGAUAACCGAAUGUUUUUGUGGUCAUUACCAAAUCUGUCGGUGAGUCUGCGUCACUCUUGAGGUCACUGUGGAACUCACAUGAACCCGGCAAACAUGAACGCACUGAUGACUAUUAGAAAGGAAUUUGUCGUUUUUCCCAUUUUUUCUCGGAAAGAUACUUUUUCUGAUGAUUUUGGCUUAAUUUUAAAUAAUUUCUUUAUCACAUCGCUUCAAUUAGAAGGACGAAGUCAGAUCUCAGAAGAGUAUUAUAAUGAAUAGCUGAUUUCGCAACCGCUAAGAAAUAUGACACUCGUUUGUUGAUGUUUCAAUCAUCAACUAUGUGGCGAAAAGGAGUUGAUUGAUGAUGAGAUGAUGAUCCUGCGUAAUAAGAAUCAUGGCGAAAUAUAAUAGUUUGUAUGGGAAUAUUUACGACCGCUCUUGGGAAUAAAACUUGAAAAUACAGUCAAAUUCUCAAUAAAAAUACCUCACCUUACUUCUAAAGUGCAUCGCUUGUUGUCUGACCGUUUACUUUGUUGCAACGAGGCCAUUUGAGCGAGUUAUCCAUUUCUAGGUUUACUAGGAUUAGGAAAUCGAGAAACUAAUAAAUCGCUAAAAUGGCUUCUUUUCAACAUAGUAAGCGGUCAGACAACAAGUGAUGCACUGUGGAAGUAAGGUGAGGUACUUUUAUAGAGAGUUUGACUGUUUUUUUUAAUUCCUAGGAGCGUUCGUAAAUUUUCCCAUACAAACUCUUAUAUUUUCACCAUGACUCUUACUACGCAAGGUGAUCAUCUUACAGCUAGAGCUUGGGCUGCCUUGUAGUUUCACUUCAAAAACUAUGGAUGGAAUUUUUAAGACACCUAAAUACAUACAUGCGCAGCAUACCAUGGAAACUUUUUUAACUAACGCCGAUCCUGAUUUGAACGAAAAUGGCUUCAGAUCGACAGAUCAGACCAUAACAGUACACAGCUGGGAGGAUUUUCUUCCCUUUCAGCCACUUAUCUUCAUGUCUGUGGUAUCGUUUUUGAAUUGGCAGGAUCGACAGGCAGUAGCACUCCACGGCUGUUGGUCACGAUCCUAAUUUCCAGAAAAGUAUCAUGGCUCCGAAUAUUCCUAGUUAGUCUUACACUUGGCAUUUUCCCGAAUUUCCAUUACGAAUGAUCAUCUUCCCGAAGUCAGCGCACGCGCAACGCAACCACAGGUGUGCGACGUGGGUGGGAUUGAUAUCGUAAUCUCGCGUGCCUCGUGCGUCACUUGCGUAGUGAGUCUUUUCCCACCAGAUGAAUGUCUAGCGAGAGAUAACAACCAACAGAUAACAGUUAAAUUGGAUUUUGAAAUGUUUUCAUUUUCAGACAUCACAGUUUCUAGUUCAAUUUGGGUACGUCGACAUCUCAAACCCAACGGAAACAGCUGGCGCUGGUGAUCAAAAUUCUCCUGUGUUCAGAAAGGCGAUUAGGACACUUCAAUGGUUUGGUGGUAUUCCUGUGACGGGAAUUAUUGACAGGAAAACCCUCGAGUUAAUCAGCACAUCAAGAUGCGGUAUGAAAGAUCCACCUCCUCCUUCCUCGAGAGGGAUCGGAGAAUUCAAGAAACAGGGAACUUAUUGGAAGAAGAGGGUAGGUCUUUUUCACUUGCAAAGGAAUAUAACAAAUCAAGAAAAAACAAAAGCUGAGCACCUAACUUUACUCACAGAAAGUCGGCCUCGAUCAAAAGUGCAUUCGGAAACAUGAUUGGGUCAGCGAACCCGGCAGGGUAGAUCUCUUGUUAAGGGUGUACCACCCGCGUUUUAAAAUCCUGAUCUUAUUUCAGGCCGCUCCGAAAAAAUUAAAGACAUGAUUCUGGUCUCAGAGCACGCAAGAGAAGCAUUUAGGUAAUGUGUCCGUCAAAAGAUGUUUCUACAAAAAUAUGAGUGAUAGAGCAUGCGGAACAAAGUGAUGUAAAAAGGAGGGAUAUGGCAAAAAUAACAAAACGGGAAUUUGGGAAGAGUAGAAACACAUUAAUUAACUCUUUCUCUCUGCGAAAAAAAAAACUACACCUUUAACCCUUAAAUGUUGGUCGAAAGUCAUGUUAAACAUAGCGAUCAAACGUCUGGCAUGCGCGAGGGGGCCAAUUUUGGCCGCCCGCGCGCCAAUUUCCGCCCAAAAUUUGAUGUUGAUUUACCAACUUGUUUUUCAAGCUUUACCGAAAAAGUUAUGCGCUUCUAAAACACUGUAACCUACUGGCUAGUGUGGUUAUUGAGACUUCUUGGUUACACGCCACCUAGACAUCACAACAUUCGCAUAUGCGUAGACGUUUGACCGCUGUGUGCCACCUACAUAGCAGUUACGCAAUCAAGCAGUUUAUAGAGUUACACUAAUAGAAAGUAUUAACAAAUUAAUUUUUUUCCCCAGGAUCUAACUUAUAAGAUCGUGAACUACACCAGUGAUAUCCCAUCUCGGAAUAAACAGCAGCAGAUCUUUCGAGAGGCCCUGAGAAAAUGGGAAGCAGCUUCAGAUUUGCGUAUACGACAGGUGUAUCAUGGUUAUGCAGACAUCCCUAUCAGCUUUGUUACUAGAGAUCACAAGGACGGCUAUCCAUUUGAUGGACCAGGGGGGACAUUAGCUCAUGCCUUCUAUCCCCAUGAUAACCAAGGUGGGUCCUUGCCUCAAAAAGGGUAACGAGUGGUUAAGUGACAUGGCCAUGGACCUCAUUACUUCAUGACCAUGAACAUCCCCACUCGCUGAUAUGUUGAUUCAUCUUCAUCCUCUUUACUAGUAUCCAUUUCAUGCCACUGGCUCUCGGAGAUGACUGUGAAAGUGGUUAAGUGUCUUAACUAAGAUUUCAAUUUCACGCCCCAGCCAUGGCUGUGUAAGCAAGGUGCUCGGGCACCACUUCUACCAAGAGUGAAAUAAAAUUCUAAAAGUGGUGAAGUGAAAUCAAUAGAAAAAGGAUUAUUAAUUCAAUUUUUUGAAAAUGCACUGUUCGUUAGCAAACAGUGCAUUUUACUAUUAAAACUAUGGUUUUCUUAAUUCUCAUCACACAUGCAUCACUUCAAUUUAAGUCUUUUCCUUUUGCUCAGUAAAAAAAUCAAAUCAAACUCUCAUUGGUUGCAGGAUUAUCCGGUGACGCUCAUUUUGACGAUGAUGAGAAGUUCACCACAGAGACACCAGACGACGGCAUUAACUUGGACUGGGUAGCAAUUCACGAGUUUGGACACAGUUUGGGUCUGGAACAUUCCAAUGUGCGAGACUCAAUCAUGUACCCCUGGUACAAGGGGUAUGUCGCGGAUGUUAAACUGACCGAUGAUGACAUACAAGGAAUUCAAGCUUUGUAUCCAAGUAAGGAAGCAUGCAUGCAAUAAUGUGCGUUUUCAGGGAUCAAAGCUUGUGCGACUUACAAUUGCGAUUGGAUGUCGGUAAAGAAAAGCCAAAUUGAUCGCAACGGCUAAUAAUUGAUCGCAAUGGCUUAUAAGAACAAGGCAAAUUACCAAAUCGACAGUAGUUUAGCGUGGUCUGUACUCUCAUCGACAACGAAAUCCGUCAUCACAAUAGUCAAAAUUUUUGUUUUUUGCCACAACAUCGACAUCAAAUAAAACGAUCCUUUCAAUGCAUGUUCAUCGUGUGACACGUUGACGCGAGCAGCGUUGUUUAGACUGUUAUCGACAUCGGCAAAUUGGCCAGUCAGAUUGCGACUUUACUGCCAAAUGUGGUAAAGCGCAUUGAAAACCAAAGAAUAUUUACUGCACGCUACGUUGAAUAGUUGACUACGAUUUUAGGAAAUUGAACAGCAAGAAGACAUUUGUUUUUAUUUUCAAAAACAUUUCAGAGCCAACAACAGCACCAAUCUUAAGGACCACAAAUAAAGCCACAACAAAAGCCACAACUACCCAGCGUCCGCGGAUAACUCUCCGCCCUCGUACCGUUACUUCUCGCCCCACUCAACCAGAUCUUUGCGAUAGUUCCGUCCGUUAUGACGCAGUCUCUUUAGAUCCCAGGCGGCGGAUGACGUACUUUUUUGUGGGAAAUUGGUUUUGGAUCGUGGACAGAAGACUGCGCAGGAGUGGUCCAUUCACUAUCAAAUCUUUCUGGAAGGAGGUGAAGACCCCCGUGGAUGCCGUGUACCGCAACAAACGGAGAAACAUCGUGUUCUUUAAAGGAACAGAGUAAGAUGGCGGUUUUUAUUUAUUUUAAGAAAAAAUGUUUGGUUUUCCUCAAUAGGCUUGAGUAUGGUUUCUAAGAGCGAGAUCGAAUAUGUUGAUAUGACAACAACGAUCAGUAUCGUCUGUCUGCUGCGUUUUUAAGUGAAAGAGCAGCCAUGUAAACCAAGUAAAGUAGUUUUUUGCAAGACUUUGAAAUAGUUGCUGAAAGAUUUCUUGUUAUCAAAUUAAGAGCCAAAUUUUCGAAAUUAUAGCGUUUAUAAAAGUUUCACAACUACACAGUAUGAACUGUGUGUCAUUUCCCAAGGCACUCAGCUAACUUAAACUUCUACGUGAUGGAAAGUAGCGUCGUACUCAAGUAGAGUCUGUGCCACGGCUUAUUCCAGUUUCCGUAAUAGCAAAUGAUUUGAAGCAAUCCUGGCCAACCCCCCCCCUCCCUCUGCAUGGGACGCUGGUCCAUCAUAAUCUAUUCCCCCUCCCCCUCCCCCAUAUAUUUCAUCGGCUUUCCCCGGCAGAUUGCUGUUACCAUUUAAACUCCUGGGUGAAGAUAGCCCCUAUGAGACCAAAGUGUCCUGUCCAGGAACAUAGAACAAUAUUACGGCUCGAACGCUGUCCAUUUGGAGUACACCGCGAGAACCAGAAGACCUGCGCGUACCAUUCUCAUGAGUUUGAGCCCACAUUUUUGGCGUUUUUGCAGGUUUUGGGAAUACGACUCACGAAGAAUUUUGAAAUCUUCCGGUCUCAUAAAAAGAUAUGGGCUUCCCUUGAGUCUGGCAAACAUGAACGCAGUUUUCAUUUGGGAAAAAAACCAAAUCACCUACUUCUUCAAAGGAACACAAUAUUGGCGGUAUAACGAAUGGACCCGACGCACAGUCCGAGGACCUUCAAGAAAUCCGUAUCCUAGAAAGAUCCGAAGCGCUUGGAAAUUUCCUGAUCAUAUUGACACUGCGGUAACGUGGCUCAACGGAAAAUCCUAUGUGUUUCUGGGGAGUCAGUACCUCAGGCUAAAGAAAGGGAAACUUCUUCUGGACGGAAGACGGAGGAACACAGCUCGUAGGUGGAUGAAGUGCAGAUCCACUACAGGAUUUAGCAUUGGAGCAUUGGCAUCUGGACCCUCGAGUUCCAACGAUCCGUGAAUGUCAUCGCGCAACACUAUCUUGUACUUUAUAUCUUUCUUUCCAUGCUCCGAUAAGUUCAUUGUAUCAGUUAAAAAAAUGUUGUUAUUCCCAUUGCAAUCUUUUUAGUUAUUGUGUCAACAACAAUAUACUUGAAUAUGAAUGAUUCUCGACCGGCCUUUUUUUGUGGCUUUAUUGACUGUUUCAGGCCAAGACUGUCUGCUUUGAUCUGUCCAAUUACAGACACUUGUCAUCAGACAGGCUUAAUCGAACAGUCAAUUUGUUCCAAACUGUUAGAAUCCCAAAAAUUUGUAUCAGGUAUAUUAAAGUAAGUGCAAUUUAAAAUCAAUGCUGGCGUUUGAAGUCUUUCACCAGUAGGAUAAAAAGAGUUCUUAUUCACGAAGGUUCGAGAAUCAACCAGUGUAGUCAUACUGCUCGUAUUAUUGAUGUUGCCAUUUUAAAGGAAUAAAAAAAUUUUAAUUAUAACGCGAUGAUGUUAUAGUUCUAUAAAUAUACAACUGAUAUACCAUUAGUCAGCGAUAAGACUUGCCACAAAGUUAACCCGAAGUGUCGUUUAGCUUAUAUUUACCAACAUCCUCUGACAAGGGGCUAACAUUCGAUCGACUCGUCGGAUUUUCAAAGUUCGUUUACGGUGGUUUCAGCCGCCGUAACCAAAAACCACCUAAAUGUUUUAUUUGGCGCAACGCAACUGCUCCUUUUGAAACCAGUUGCCUCGUUAGUUUUCUUAGUCUCUGAUCAAUUUAAUUCAUAUAAGUUCUAAGUGCUCAAGGAAAUUAGAUCAAUGGCUUGUUAUGUGAUAAACUAUUUAUACUGCCCAUAAUCUCGAGCAUUGCAAAUAUUGUUUCAUUUCCCUUUCAGAGAUCGGGCAAGUCUGGUGCUCAAACACGUUUGCUGCUAGAUAAAAUCAUUAGCUUCCGAUCCCUCUUUUUUUGCUCAUUCAUUUAUUUAUUUAUCGAUUUAUUUUUGAUCUCCAUCAUUUCUGUUUGGCUUAAUCGACUUUAUGUCAUCGGUAUAACAAUUAAUCUCAGACAAGGGUCAAUUGUAUCUCUCAGCCGUUGAGUUGUAUCAUAAGAAUCCUUGAAAAAUCAAAGAAAACAAACAUUAAGACUUAAGAGUGAAUGAUUUUAGUGUUGGCGGUUGUGCAAUUAAUGGUUUAACUAUUUAAUUCCCAAUAACUGAUUAGUAAGUCUUCAUCCUGUAUUAUUUUGCAUGUAUUACAUUUAAUUCGUUGUAAACCAGGGAAGAGAAAUUGGCGUUACAUCCAGAUGACACCAUAAAGUUCAUAACACUGUCUCUUCUCCUCACCUGUUUGCAAGAUUAUGUAGUGAUGUCUCAACAAGGCUGGUAACAACAAGACGAGACAGGGUGAGGCAGAAUUUUCUUCCCUUUGUUUGGGCUGUCAAUCGAAUCAAGAGGGAUGAUGAUGCGACCAAAGAAUAUUUAAAAAUGCAAUUAAGUCUCUCACGUGGGGAUAUUGUUUGCUUCUCACGCCUCUUGAGUGGGCAAUCAUGGUCAUCUCGGCAUCUUGACAAACGAAAAGAACAAAACAAACAAACUCCAUAUUUGUACAUGUACAAAAUCCGAAGUUGGGAUAUGGUUAGGGAAGAAAAGUUGUCGUUUCCGCCGGGACACUUACAGCUGUGCGAGGCAGAAUAUUUUAUUUUAGAAAUAAUCUAACCUACGUGUCGAUGACACAGCAGAAAAAAUUGAAAUAUUCUAGCAAUAUCUAUUCACGAACGUCAAUCGACUUCAUACUUAGGAAAAACCGGAAGGAUAUUUAAUCACGCAGGUCUGUAAUGUAAGGCGAUUGACAACCAAAAAAUAGGGGAAACCUGCCAAGAAAGCGAAAUCUUUGCAUUUGCCCUUGUUGAAUACUGUCCACUCCCUGCGCUUGCUCCUAUUUGCAUGUAUAAAUCUGGUACAAAUUAAAAGUACAAAACCUAACACAUUCGUGAAUUCUCUGUGUCGUAUUUUGUGGAGCAUUCCAACACGGAAUCGUAAUGUCUCAGUGUGGUUUGAAUCGUCCGGGGGGGGGUAGUGUAGGGGAGGGGGCAGGGAUAUUUUCUUUGUACCAUGCCAACAGUUUCGAUUCAGUUACUCUUUGAACUCGUGUGACUCUCUUGUUAACGUGCACACUGGCUGCAGCUUAAGAUCAUGUCUUAAAAUCACAGCCUUUUUCGGAACCAAACAGGACAAACAACUACGAUCGAUCUGCUGUUUUAGACUAAUAAUGUCUUUAUUACUAAAAAAGACUACAUGUAAAUAUAAUCUAAUGUACAGGAUGAAUUGAAAUUCUUGAAAUCAUUCCAGUUUUAAAUGACAUAAUGUAAUUUUAAGCCCCAUCCUUCCCCCCCCCCCUCCCCUUUCGAUAUUGGCAGUUCGGCGCGUGAUCAUCCAUGAACUUGGUAAGGAAAGGUCAUGAAAUCAAUAUGAGCGGUGAGGCCGAACUACGUGAAAAGGUGUGUGUCAGACACCCACGCCGCUACCGUACUUAGUUUUCUAUAAAACCUGUCCGAGCUCACUUUGGCGAUGCAAUCGAAAGGAGACAAAGCUGUGUACGGACGAGUUGCUUAGAUUCGUCUAUGUUCGAGAUGAAGAACUUUUUAGUCUUGGUAGUAAUUCUCGCUCUUGUGAGUUGCGUCCUAAACCGCCCCAUCCGUCGACAGCGAGGUCGUGGAAAGAAGAAUAUGAUGAAUUGGGUAAGAAGGAAGGAACAUGUAUACAACUGAAUUUUGAGAAGAUUUCUUAACCUCAUAUAAUUGUGAGCUGUAAGAGGCCAGCGUGCCCGACCAUCAAGAAACGAAAUGUAGAGAUAUCAAAAUUGAAGGGAACAUAAAUACUGAGUGUUUUAUUUGAAUGGUCGGCUACCUGAUAUUACAAUAUUCAUAAUACAUGUAGUCUGAAAGGGUGAAAGAUAAAUUAUUGAGUCAAUAACAGUAAUCGAAGUGGAACUUGCGAACGAGGCGCCUAAAAAUUCUUUUUCGGCUGUCGUCCAAAAUAAAUGUAGCUUAGAUAGAGUAUCACAAAGUUUCGGCAGUGCAAUAGUUUGAACUUCAACGAGAAAAAUCUCGCGAAACAUAAACCACUUGAUUCUUUACACGCUUUUUAUUAAAUUCAGAUUUGCGCUCUAACCAAAUGUGUCUUUUUCUUUUUAGGUAAAGAAAUACAUGAAUAAGUAUGGCUACCUCAAUUCAAGUGAAAUGGCCUUGGUAAAAGAUGAAAAUUCUCCCAUGUUUAAAAAAGCAAUGAUGAGGCUCCAACGAUUUGGACAUGUUCCAAUGACAGGAAAUAUCGAUACAGAAACAAUGAAGUUACUCAACAAGUCAAGAUGUGGAGUGCAGGACCCAGACCUAACAGGAAGAACUAAAAGAAAUGUGGGAGAAUUCAAUUUGCAGGGAAGCAUUUGGAGAAAGAAGGUAAUAUUACAUGAAGGGUAUUUCAUGGCUGGUCAUGUAAACGGGCGAGAUGAAACCAAUCUUGUGAUGUAAAUUCCAUAAGGAUAAAUAUAUAUAUAUAUAGAUGAAAAAAAAAUCAAUAUAUAAAUAAUGAAUGAGGAGUGAUUGCUUGUGAAAUGCUCAUAGCCCAUACUUUCCAAUUUCCGGGCAACUAACUUAAACGAGAAACAAAUUUUCGAGCUGCACAUGAUUAAUAGCACUGGUGUGUCUCGUUUAACAAACUCAAGCAAUAUCAGAUAUUUUUUAGGUAACCUUUCUAUAUAAUCAAUACAGCAUAUUUGUGAUAUUCUUACCAUUGAAAGCAAAACCGUCAGCCGCAUUCACCACUGAUGCAGAUUUCAAAAGCUUGUUUAUUGGCAAAAAAAAUGUAAAUUGUUCUUCCUACUUAAUAAUCUGGUAUAGUAUGGAUUGGUAUCUUUCUGAUUUAAUAUAUAUUAUCUUGGAGUAAAGGAGAAUUGGCACCACAUCUAAAUAACACGUCUUACCUCAUGAGUUAGCUUCUUCCUAUUACUAGCCCAAUUGUUGCCCAAUGGAUAUCACGAGGAGAUGUUACAUCUCAAUCAUUUCUGGUAAUUUCAAGCAACAUCUUUUUCAAACAGUAUUUGAUACAGUAUUUGAUACAGUAUUUGAUACAGUAUUUGAUACAGUAUUUGAUACAGUAUUUGAUACAGUAUUUGAUACAGUAUUUGAUACAGUAUUUGAUACAGUAUUUGAUACAGUAUUUGAUACAGUAUUUGAUACAGUAUUUGAUACAGUAUUUGAUACAGUAUUUGAUACAGUAUUUGAUACAGUAUUUGAUACAGUAUUUGAUACAGUAUUUGAUACAGUAUUUGAUACAGUAUUUGAUACAGUAUUUGAUACAUGGGUUCUCGAGAAUUUAGAGUCCAUUAUAAGAGGCAUUCCCCGUGCGUAAAUCGAACAAUUGAAUAAUUCAGGAUUUAAUAAUGAAUCGUUUCUUAUCUUUUCUUGCUUGUUAUCGUUGUAGGAUCUGACCUAUAGAAUCGACAAUUUCGCAAACGACCCAAUACCUCCAGAGACACAGAGACAGAUAUUCCGUAAAGCUUUAGACUUGUGGCAAUCUGCUUCAACAUUACGAUUCACAGAGGUACCGAAAUCGGAUGAUGCGGACAUCAUUAUAAGUUACGACAUCAGGGAUCAUGGCGACGGAUUCCCAUUUGACGGACCUGGGGGGACACUGGCUCAUGCAUUCUUCCCAUCCAACAAUCGAGGUCAGGUGCAUUCCAGGGGGGGGGAGAAUGUGUAAAAGUAGAAAAGUGAUUAAUUUAGACGUGAAUAGGUUUAAUCAGAGGGUUUAAAAUUUGCAGCAGUCGAAAGACUAUUUCUGAGUUAGUUCGGAGAUUUUGUGGACAUUUCGCUUUGAUCUUUUUGCACGAUAGUAAUGUGAGGACACUUUUGAGCAGUUUGAUAGAUAUAAAGGACAGGUCACUAUCUAUCACGUGGGUGGGGUAAGGAGAAUUUUAGGGAUCACAUAGUUUUCACGGAGAACGGAGGUGGGGUCAGUCGUCGCUAACUGACUAUAAAUGGGUGGGGGUAUAGAAAAUUGACUACUGAUGGGGGGAGGGAUCAUUAUAGUAGUGCAGAGCCUUUGGAGGAUCAGGUAAAUGUUAAAGUGACAACAAAAAUCCACCGACCCCUGAGAGAUAAAUAAUGGCCGAUUUUUAAGAAGUACGUUGAGGUCAUGAGGACUUAAAGAGAUUGUUGUGACGGAAAUGUCUUGUGUAGCUCUUGCUACUUCACUAAUAUGAAUUUUCCAAACUAUGUUGCUGUUAAUUCCAGUCAAUUAAUUUAUGAGUGCUGUAAAACAGUCCCAAUGUGCUGCAGUUUUCUGAUGACACUACUUCUUACAUUAAGGUCUAUCUGGUGACGCGCACUUUGAUGACGAUGAAGUCUUCACCACAGGGACACCUCGAGGCAUCAACCUCGACUGGGUAGCUGUUCACGAGUUUGGGCACAGUCUGGGUCUGGCUCAUUCAGACGUACGGGAAGCUAUUAUGUAUCCAUUUUACACGGGUUAUGUCCCGGAUAUUCAGCUCAACAGAGACGAUGUUUUGGGUAUUCAGGAAUUGUAUGGAGGUAAGUUUUCUUUAUUUAUUGUUUUGUUGAUGUGAUUUUUUUUUCAUAAGAAUUCUACAAUGAACUUUUAUGUUUGAAAUGAAAAGUGAAAAAGGGAAAUAGAAGAUUAGUAACCGCCAUUUCUUGUUAAUCAGCUCCAAUAGUGGCCACAACGCAAACGCCAACCACCACAGAAUCACCAUCUACAACGGAAUCACCAACCUCCACAGAGAUACCAACAACAACAGAACAGCCAACUACCACCGAGCCACUAGUUACUUCAGAGCUACCUACUACCACAGAGUUGCCAAUAACUACAGGAUCCACAAGUACCACAGAAAUACCAAUUACCACAAAACAACCUCAACACCCUGCAUGCUUACCAGGAACUCGCUAUGACGCUGUGUUUAGUGGUGACAAAUUGACGUAUUUCUUUUCAGGAGAUCAGUUUUGGACAGUUAACAACUCAUUAGAGAAAAGUGAUCCUUACAAAAUCACAGACUUCUGGAGUGAUGUUCAAUGUCCAUUGGAUGCAGCUUUUCGCAAUGAAAACGGGAAUAUUGUAUUUUUCAAAGGAGGAAGGUAAUGGAUUUUAUUUCAGCAAAGGAAAAUCAUUUGAAAGUCAUUCAUCCGAUAAUUUUUUUUCAGUAAUUUAUUGAUACAUUGGUUCGUUCAUUUCUCCAUUAAUUCACUCUCUUAUUUGUUGGUUUUUUUUUUCACUUUUUACCAUGAACAAUUGCCAUUCUUAUUUUUAGUACUCCAUUUAUUAAUUAUAUAUAUAUAUGUAUGUAUGCAUUUAAAGAAUUUAUUGUGUAACCGCAUAUAGCGCAACCACCCGGUUUAAGGAUUCAACCUUUUCCAAACCAGUUCAGUUACAUGCGUUUGAGAGUACUUGAAUUCACAAAAAGGCCCCUUAUCUAAUGGCAAUCCGGGAUACUUACACUUUGCAUUGGCUCUUUGCUGUAGAUACUGGGAGUACAGAGACAACAAUGUCCUUCUCACUACCGGAUUGAUUCGCAGGCGGUACAGAUUGCGUCGUUUCGCACGCAACAUGGACGCGGCUUUCACCUCCAGAAAUGUGAUCCAUUUUAUCAGAGGGUCAAAAUACUGGCGCCUCAGUAGUAACCGAAAUAGAUGGAAUUCCCCGAGGACUAUUAGGUCACGACGACUGCGAAAUGCUGACGCAGCAACGACUUGGAUCAACAACAACAGAAUUUACGUCUUCAAGGGAGACUCUUACUACAGGCUCGGAAAAGUGAACAGAGGCGAGCGGUAUCCUCAAUCAAUAGCAACCAGGUGGAUGAGGUGUAAUGGAGGUGUUGGUACGACUGUACCUUAA